AAGGCAGCAGGAGCAGAGAGCAGCCAUUGCUGUGUCUGGCAGCAGGAUUCUACAGACUUCUCGGCUGGUGGCCGUGACGGAGUUUGGCCUGCAUUACGCAGGGUCUUCUGUCCUGGCGGCCUAGACAUGCAGGGGACGGUGGCGACACCAAUGGACUGCGGAUACAGAGUAAGGUAUGGCGAGUCUGUCCUUCACAUGUGAGACCCUGGUGGGGAUGUGCUGGAUACCUAACUAUCCCAGCCGACUGCGGGAUUACACAGUAGUAAGGAAUACAUCCAGUGAGUGUGAGACACCCAGCAGCCGUCCCUGUGUGUCAGUAGGACUUAGAAGGACACAGAGCCCCAUUACGGUGCCUCCAUCUCACUCACUGAUGAGAGACACAGUGGCAAGAAGAUCCUGGAACUCACCAACAAGAUCAUUCAGCUGCUGACUGGAGAGGAGGUGGAGUGUAUAAAGGAACACAGGGGUCUGUACAAGGCCGUGAUGAUGGAGAAUCACCGGCCCCUCACAUCACUGGAUGGGCCCAGUAACAGAGAUACCCCAGAGAGAUGUCCCCGUCCUCUGUAUUCCCAGGACUGUACAGAGGAGAAUCACAGGAUCCCACAGGAGGAUCAGGGUGAAGCCCAAAUAAAUAAUGUUAAAGUCAAAGAUACAGAGGGAGAAGAAGAGACGUAUGUGACUGAUAUAAAGGCAGAAGAUACAGAGGGAGAAGAAGAGAUGUAUGUGACUGAUAUAAAGGUAGAAGAUAUAGAGGGAGAAGAAGAGACGUAUGUGACUGAUAUGAAAGCUGAAGAUAUAGAGGGAGAAGAAGAGACGUAUGUGACUGAUAUAAAGGCAGAAGAUAUAGAGGGAGAAGAAGAGACAUAUGUGAGGGGUGAUCAGCAGUGUAAGGAGGAGGAGAUCCCUACAGAUAUCAGCACAGCAGAUGGACACACAAGCAGGAACAUCUCAGAAGGACAUCUAAUGUUAUCCCUGGAUUCUGAAAUAACCGAUAACGACAGUAGACAGGAUUUUCCAGGAGCCAACCCCAUUAUCCCAAUUAUAUAUCCAGCUCUAUCAGCUGAUCCCACUGAUCCUGGGGAAUGUUCUCCUGAUCACUCUGAUAUUGGUGCAUCUGUUACAGCUCUGACAGUAGAUACAGUGUUUCCCUGUUCUAUAGAUGCCAAAUGUUUUACACAGAACACAAAGCGUAUUACCAAUCAGCCAGCUAAGGCAGGUGAGAGUCCAUUUCCAUGUUCUGAGUGUAGGAAAUGUUUUGCACAGAAAUCGGCUCUUGUUACACAUCAGAGAAGUCACACAGGUGAGAAGCCAUAUUCCUGUUCUGAGUGUAGGAAAUGUUUUGCAACAAAAUCAUUUCUUGCUACACAUCAGAGAAAUCACACAGGUGAGAAGCCGUAUUCCUGUUCUGAGUGUGGAAAAUGUUUUGCACAUAGAUCACAUUUUGUUAUUCAUCAGCAUGCUCACACAGGUGAGAUGCCAUUUUCCUGUUCUGAGUGUGGGAAAUGUUUUCCACGGAAAUCACAUCUUGUUCCACAUCAGAGAAGUCACACAAGUGAGAAGCCAUAUUCCUGUUCUGAGUGUGGGAAAUGUUUUGCACAGAAAUCAACUCUUGUUAUACAUCAGAGAAGUCACACAGGUGAGAAGCCAUAUUCCUGUUCUGAGUGUGGGAAAUGUUUUGCACUGAAAUCAAAUCUUGUUCCACAUCAGAGAAGUCACACAGGUGAGAAGCCAUAUUCCUGUUCUGAGUGUGGGAAAUGUUUUGCACAGAAAUCAACUCUUGUUAUACAUCAGAGAAGUCAUACAGAUGAGAAGCCGUAUUCCUGUUUUGAGUGUAGGAAAUGUUUCACACAGAAAUCAGCUCUUGUUAUACAUCAGAGAAGUCACACAGGUGAGAAGCCAUUUUCCUGUUCUGAGUGUGGGAAAUGUUUUGUAUGGAAAUCACAUCUUGUCACACAUCAGAGAAGUCACACAGGUGAGAAGCCAUAUUCCUGUUUUGAGUGUAGUAAAUGUUUCACACAGAAAUCAGCUCUUGUUAUACAUCAGAGAAGUCAUACAGGUGAGAAGCCGUAUUCCUGUUCUGAGUGUGGGAAAUGUUUUGUAUGGAAAACACAUCUUGUUUUACAUCAGAGAAGUCACACAGCUGAGAAGCCAUAUUUCUGUUUUGAGUGUGGGAAAUGUUUUGCACAGAAAUCAGCUCUUGUUAUACAUCAGAGAAGUCAUACAGAUGAGAAGCCGUAUUCCUGUUUUGAGUGUAGGAAAUGUUUCACACAGAAAUCAGCUCUUGUUAUACAUCAGAGAAGUCACACAGGUGAGAAGCCAUUUUCCUGUUCUGAGUGUGGGAAAUGUUUUGUACGGAAAUCAAAUCUUGUGUUACAUCAGAGAAGUCACACAGGUGAGAAGCCAUUUUCCUGUUCUGUGUGUGGGAAAUGUUUUGCACAGAAAUCACAUCUUGUUUUACAUCAGAGAAGUCACACAGGUGAGAAGCCAUUUUCCUGUUCUGAGUGUGGGAAAUGUUUUGUACGGAAAUCAGAUCUUGUCACACAUCAGAGAAGUCACACAGGUGAGAAGCCAUUUUCAUGCCGUGAGAGAAAUAAAUCCGCUCUUGUUGAACAUAUUAGACAUUACCCAAGUACGGAACCAUUUAAAUCUUCUGGAGUAUAAUUAUCACUGUCAUCCAAUGUUCCUCAAGGGUGAAUCCUAUCUCCUAUGCUUUAUAAAAUAUACAUGCUACCACUGGGUGAUAUAAUCAGACGUCAUGGCCUGGUCUACCACUGCUAUGCUGAUUACCUGCUUUUUGCUCCAUGUACUGAGAACCAAAUACCAAUCCUAAAUGGUUGUCUAGCUUAGCGCCAGGGGUGGAUGAUGCCAGUUGGCUGUGACUCAGUCUUUGUGAAACAUAAUAGAAGCUCCCCAACAAAGGACAAGACUACAGCUUUACCAACCAUCUGGAUUUAUGCUUUGGUGUUCAGAAUUGAAAAUACUGAACAUGUGCUGAAUCUUUGUGUUGUCCUGGUAUGUGGCUGACACAGACAUCAGGUAUCUGCCACAUACAAAUCCUCAUUCUUCCAUCUGUGGACCAUAGCCAGAAUCAAGCUCUUGAUUCCCUCAGAAGUUCAUAGACUACUGCAAUGCCAUCUACCUGGGUCUACCAGCAAAAGAAUUACAGAGCUUGCAGCUAGUACAGAAUGCAGCAGCCAAGCUGUUACCUAACCAGCCCGUUCCUGCCGCAUAACACCCAUUCUCUACUCCCUUCACCGGCUGCCUGUAAGAUGACAAAUCUAUUUCAUAAUUGGCUAACUGACCUUCGCAGCCCAACAUUACAUGGUCCAAGGUACUAGAAGCAGCUUCUGCCUCCUUACUGCCCCGCUUGAUUAUUUCUACAGAUGGACUGUUACCAGCAGUACCAAGAAUCUCCUGUCAUUCAUUUAUAGGUUGAAUGUUUAGCUUUGCAGCCCUGACCAUGGAACUCACUGCCUUGCACAGUCCAAGAGGCCUCCACUCUAGAGACCUUCACAAGCAGACUGAUGACUGUUACUCACGCUUUUCAUUAAUGUACCUCUAUUUACUUCCUAAAUAAUACAUCCCAAAUGCUUAUGUCUUUUUUCUGUUGUUUAUUUUGUAUCUUGUGCAUUGUGUAAAUGUGAAUGUCUAAUACCAGUUUGCACAAUCUGUAUUGUUGCACAACAAUAUGGCGGCCAUUGGAACGUGUUUUCACUUCUAGUUUGCCUAACUUGUUGCAGACACUCAUCUUGAUCAGGAGUGCUGAGUGUUUUCAGAUACAAGAUCCUGUCCAUAUAUACCCUGUACAUUAUCAUGUGCAUUAGAGUCACCCGGGUUCCAUCUGCGGUGGUUUGUUGUAUGUUACAUCUAUAUGGUGCGGAUACUCCCCUGUAUUUCAUAAUAAAAGCUUUUGUUUGCAUCUAA